UUGUAUUAAAUUUAUGCCGAAAGGAAACAUGGGAAAGGAUUUCAAACUUUUAUGCUGUUUAUGAUUAUGAUGGCUUUGACAGUACACAGUAGGCGUUUACGGUGACUUUUUUUGUAUGACUACUGGUUGCCAUAGGAUGGAGAUGUCAUUGGUGUGUUACACAUGAUGUACUACUGUGGUAUAUGCACUGUUAUAAUUCAAUUGAUCAGCCUUAUUGAAGCAUCAGUUAUAACCUUUCCAUUCUACCAAGAAGAACAUAAUAGAAAUCUAGUCAAAACAGUUGAUAUGACUGUGGGAGGAAACUUUGAUGAUGGUUAUUAUGUCUCUGUUAACAUAGGUACACCUCCACAAAAGGUAUCUUUAUUAAUUGAUACGGGCAGUAGCAACUUGGGAAUCGCAGCUUCAGCUGCUUUACAUGUCAGAAGUUAUUUUCAGUUAAAUAACCUUUUUGGGUCAUCCCUUCUAUUCCUUGUUUUCUUGUUACCAUCCACAGUCUCUCCUCUUUGAGUGCUGGCCAUCAUGAAUCUUGGAGGUGAUUUGUUUCUGGAGCCACUUCUCAGCUUCAGUCUUGUUGGAGUUCUACUCUCCCACUUAGUCUACUAGUGGACUGCCUUUGAUACAACUGUGCACUGACAAAUAUACUGCAACAGAAAUCCAGAACUGAAGGGAGGAGAGCCUGUGCUUUGGAUGAUGAUAAAAUCUUAUAGUCUGUCUGAAACAUUUCACUUAGAAGGAAAAUCAUUGAAAGUCAGUUAUCUUCAAGGUCAGUGGGAAGGAAUGUUGGGUUCGGACUUGAUCUCUAUUCCUGGAUCACCAUCCAUUACAACUCAUUGUAAUAUAGCAUGCAUUCUUUCAUCUAACAAAAUUUUCUCAAAGGAUUCUGAUUGGCAGGGCUUACUUGGACUAGCUUACCCUGUCCUUGCAAAGCCAGAUUCAUCUGUUACACCAUAUUUUGAUGCUUUGGUUGCUGAAGAAAAAGUCAAAAAUAUAUUUUCAAUAAUUUUAUGUGAGAAACCUCAACACACAAAUGGAAAGCAGUCUCAGGGAAAACUAGUACUUGGUGGUGUACAGGAUUAUUUGCAUACAGGAGAAAUCUUAUACACAAGAAUACACAAAGAGUGGUUUUAUGAAGUCAUCUUGACAAACAUGUCUAUUGGGUCUAAAUAUUGGGCUAGUAGCUGUACUGAGCUGAAUAAUGACAAAACUAUAAUCGACACUGGAACAUCAGCGCUUUAUCUUCCACAGAAAGUUUUUUCUUGGGUAAAACAGUCACUCCAAAAAUCAAAUGUGUUACAGAACCAGCUCACCGAAGAAUUCUGGGAAGCAACUGAAGACGUAUGUAUACAAAAAGGACGAAGUGUUAGUGAAUACUUCCAUAAAAUUGUAAUGUCCUUUGAUGAGACAAUGAAUAGUAGAGUAUCCUUGGUAGUACCACCAGAGCUGUAUCUUUUGAAGUCACCUAAAACAAUGCCCGGUAUUGAUUGUUACAAAUUGGGAAUUUCUUCCUCACAAGCUGGUACAGUCAUUGGUGCUAUAAUUUUGAAAGGUUUCUACAUAAUAUUUGAUCGUGAAAACAGAAGAAUAGGCUUUGCUAAUUCCACAUGCACUGAUACAGUUGCAGCAGUCAUUCAGACUAUGAACCUACACUUAGAUCCAUCAGUUUGUGCUUACAACUCCAAGGAAAAGUCAGAGUUGACACUUUUGUUUAUUACAUACAUAAUCUUGGCUGUCUUCCUUUCAUGCACCAUUCCAAUGUUGAUGAUGCUUGCUCAGUGGACUUGGCACUAUAUUAUACGGAAAUAAAGAGAUUCAUCAGAAGCUAGCAACCUGAUUGAGGAUUAAUUCUGUCCACAUUGGUUAUUAUGUCACUAGCUUUUCUGAUAGAUGAAUUUUUACUAAAUUAUUAACACUUGAUAAAUUAUAUCUUUGAUGAUUGACAGUCUUUCACAUUUUGUACAAAUCUUAUUUAAUUGUUAAUUUCUUAAAAUUUAUAGAAAAUCAUUUUGAUUAUGCUCACCAUACAGUAUUGCAUAGACAUCAUGUUAAUAAAAAAUAAAGGCCUUUUUUAUAUAUUGUUUCCACUGAUAAUUUGAGUAUUUUAUAGUGUAUAAUGCUGAUUUCUGGUUACCACAUUCGUAUGGAGCUUCAAAAUUCCCACUUCUUUUUUUCUCUUCAGAAUUAUCCAUGUGAAUGUUUUUUGUUGUUGUGAUUAAGCACAAAGCUACACAAUGGGCUAUCUGUGCUGUGCUCACCACAGAUAUCAAAACCUGAUGUUUUACAUUAUAAUCCCUCUGACUUACUGAUGAGCCUAAAUCGUUAUUUUACAUUAUAUAUCGGAACAAGUAUUUAAUGUACAGAUUUCUCUUCAAUUUUGCAAGCUCUAACAUUAUUCAAAUACCUAAAUUAUUUUUGGUUACUUUAUUGUUGAUUGAAAAGAACUUAAAAACCCUAUUAAUAUAGUAUACAAAUCACCAUUAUAACAGGCCUAACUGUAUUUCUUUGAUUUGCUAGCCCAAGCUGUGCUGAUGAGCCUUCAAUAGGGGAAACUGCAAUCCACAACAGAGGGUACUGCCAAUCAAAGAAAACAUUAGGCCUCUACAUCACAGAUUCUCCUUUCAAUUUUAUCCUUUGUGAAAUUGAAAGCAAAUCUGCAAUAACUAUAUGUAAUCAUUAAAUACUUGGUCCGAUUAUAAUGUAAAAUAAUAAUUUAGGCACGAGCUCUAACAUUAUUCGAAUACCUAAAUUAUUUUAGGUUACUUUAUUGGUGAAUGAAAAGGACUUAAAAACCUAAUUAAAGAAACUAAUACUUUACUGUGUUUUCUCAAUCUUAACCAUUAAUUCAAGAGCUGUAACUAAAUAUUAUAAAUCAGCUAUAAUGACAGUUUACUUUUGCAGAGAUGCCAACUGUUCCUUUUUUCUGAACACUUUUACAAAAUGAAAGUGCUCCAUUAGUCACCCCCUUCAAAGUGUUAGAGACAAGAUGUUACAGGAUGUAUAAUUUGUCACAAUCUGUUUUUCUUGUUCUACAUUAAAACCUUUUGCUGGACUGUAAUCUGA